GAGGGUUCUUACUACAGAGAGCAGCUUGAGUGCCCAGGGGAAUUCCUGGGGCAGAGAGUGGGGCUAGUGGGUGCAGGGGAGCUCCCUGGACAGGUCAGGGAAGGCAGCAGUUCAGGAAUCCCUGGGGAAGUCCUGACUGGGGCAGGGAGCUGGCUGAGAUGAUAUUAGCUGUGCAGUGAACGGGAGACGCGCCGCUGCAGUGAAGUCAUCGCAGAUUUCUCAUGCAGUCCCGGCUAAUCACAGGAUAUAUAAGAGCCACCGGAGCCUCCUACUGCCUGGGGCCUCCAGAGCAAUCAGAUUAACGGAGAGUAUCCGGCUGCGGGGACAAGGGGCCCGUGGAAGCUCAGCACCAGGGAGCCGUGCGGCUCGCUCGGUCCUAAGACCAGGAGACUGGCGCUGCCCUUGGAGAAGAUGGGCCAGACAAAGCUGUGGUUCCUCGCUGGGCUGCUGGGUCUCUGCACGUGGCCGGAGCCUGGCAAAGGCUCCCUCCCGUUUCACAUGAACUCCGUGAUCCAAGUCGUAGAAGUGCUGGAAUCUCACCACCUGGACGGACACCUCAACCUGACCGUGACGGAGCUCGCCCGGGGCCUGGGCUGCUGUGACAGCGAGUUCUACCAGCUCCUGCUGGGGGAGGCACCUGCCGUGCCCCCGGAUCUGCCCUUCCUGAGCCAGGAGCAGAGAUCCUUCCUCAUGCGCGUCCUGAAGCACCAAGUCCAGGCGUCCUCGACUGAGCAGGGGGUGGUGUUGCUCCCUGAUGGCACCACAGUGGCUGUAAGCCCCUUGGUGGCUGGGAUUGAAGCAGGGCUGAAGGGGAGGCGGGAGAUGCCGCUGCCCCCCGAGGCUUUGGAGCCUUUGCUAGUUACGACUGAGCCCUUGAACCAGACACAUCCGGGGCUGCCCCUGACUAUAGACGCCCUCUACGCAGUGACCAUUGCCAAGGCAUUGGGCGUGGCCUUUCUCCUGGCCCAGGCCAACGAGAGCCAGGUGCUCAUGGGGCCGAAUGGCUGCUGGGACAGCGUGUCCGAGCCCCAAAACUUCACCCUCCUGGGCCGCCCCUCAAACCUCACUGAUGCCUUCAUCAAUGGGGCGCUGGACGGGGUGAUCCUGGGGGCACACCUAGCAGGGCAAGGCAUGCCCGUGGCCCCGCUGAGCACCCUGCUGAGAGAGUACUACGCUGGGGACGGCCUGGCCGGGGAUGGCCAGGCCAGAAGCAACUUCAGGCGCCAGAACUUUGUGCAGCUCACGGAGGCCGGGCAGCUGGAGGAGCAGGUGGUGCGCUCCCUCCAGCUGCUCCGGGCGCUGCCCCGGAUGGCGCCCCUGCUUAGCGGCGUUGGGGACAAGGACCUGCUGGCCGCUGCGAGCCGGGCAGUGCAGGAGUUCACGGAGGCCUACCUGGAAUGCCCAGCCAUCAUCCCCCGCUGCAUGUGGGGGGCCAGGCCCUACAAGGGGACUCCCACGCAGCUCAAGCUACCCCUGAGCUUCGUGUACAUCCACCACACCAGCACACCCAGCCAGCCCUGCCGGACCUUCCCUGAGUGCGCCGCUGACAUGAGGGCCAUGCAGCGCUUCCACCAGGACGACCGUGGCUGGGACGACAUCGGCUACAGCUUCGUGGUCGGAUCAGACGGGUACAUGUACCAGGGCCGGGGUUGGCACUGGGUUGGCGCUCACACCCGUGGCUACAACAGUAAAGGCUACGGCGUGAGUUUCAUCGGGGACUACAUGGAUACGCUGCCGGAAGCAUUUGCCCUCAUGCUGGUGCGUGACAACUUCCUGCCGUGCGCGGUGAAGGGCGCCAAGCUCCAGGCCAACUACACAGUGCAUGGGCACCGGCAGAUGGUGCACACUGCAUGCCCGGGAAACAUACUCUACCGGGAGAUCCAAACAUGGCAGGGCUUCAAGUGAGAACUCCUGGCCAUGGGUCGUGUUCCAGGUAAUGACCCAGUUCAGGACACAUCCCACCAGGACCAGGACCAUGCCUUCAGACUGCCCAGGGAGCAGGCUGCAGUGGCCUGUUCCCAGGAGGGUGGCUCAGUGGAGGCUAUUCUGUCAGGGGGGCUUCGCUAGCCCCAGUAGUUACAAUGUGCUGCUCUGCUCCUGUACUGAAAAUCCCCCUCCAAUAAAGCUGGUCAUGGGAACAUGA